CAAAACAACACAUCACUCUCUCUCCCUCUCUCCCUCUCUCUCUCUCUCCUCACAGACCAAAAUAAUCCCAAUUGUGGAAACAAGGGAAAAAAGAAAAGAAAAGAAAAGAAAGGAAGGGGUUUUCUCUCUCUCUCUAUAAUCAAUGGAUCUAGGCUUUUGAUGCUCUUCUUCUAUGCUGUACUCCUCCAUGAUCCCUGUCUCUCUGCUUAUUUCGGUAAAUGAUUAGUUAUAUCAAGGUGAAAAUAUAACAAGACAAGAAGAGCAACUUGAAUUUUUUUUUUUUUUUGAAAAAUGGCUUCAGUGGGGGUGGCACCUACUGGGUUAAGAGAACCUAUCGGUCAUGCUGGUGUUGAUAAGUUACCUGAGGAGAUGAAUGACAUGAAGAUCAGAGAUGACAAAGAGAUGGAAGCCACUGUUGUUGAUGGUAACGGGACUGAGACAGGACAUAUAAUUGUGACCACUAUUGGUGGUAGAAACGGUCAGCCAAAGCGGACAAUAAGUUACAUGGCUGAGCGUGUUGUUGGGCAUGGAUCAUUUGGAGUUGUGUUCCAAGCAAAGUGCUUAGAGACUGGUGAAACUGUGGCUAUCAAGAAGGUUCUUCAAGACAAGAGAUACAAGAAUCGUGAACUGCAAACAAUGCGCCUUCUUGACCACCCUAAUGUUGUUGCUUUGAAACAUUGUUUCUUUUCAACAACUGAAAAGGAUGAGCUUUAUCUUAAUUUGGUGCUUGAGUAUGUUCCUGAAACUGUUCAUCGUGUGAUUAAACACUACAACAAGUUGAAUCAAAGGAUGCCUCUGAUAUAUGUAAAACUCUACACAUACCAGAUAUUUAGAGCAUUGUCUUACAUUCAUCGAUGUAUUGGAGUUUGUCAUCGAGACAUUAAGCCUCAAAAUCUUUUGGUUAAUCCGCAUACCCACCAAGUUAAAUUAUGUGACUUUGGAAGUGCAAAAGUUUUGGUAAAGGGAGAGCCAAAUAUAUCAUACAUCUGCUCUAGAUAUUACAGAGCGCCUGAGCUUAUAUUUGGGGCAACUGAGUACACUUCUGCAAUUGACAUUUGGUCUGCUGGUUGUGUUCUUGCGGAACUACUGCUUGGACAGCCUCUGUUUCCUGGAGAGAGCGGAGUUGACCAGCUUGUUGAAAUCAUCAAGGUUUUGGGCACUCCCACAAGAGAGGAGAUAAAAUGCAUGAACCCUAACUACACAGAGUUCAAAUUCCCCCAAAUUAAAGCUCACCCAUGGCACAAGAUAUUCCACAAGCGUAUGCCCCCAGAAGCUGUUGAUCUGGUUUCAAGACUACUACAAUACUCUCCAAAUCUUCGAUGCUCAGCUCUGGAUGCCUUAACCCAUCCUUUCUUUGAUGAGCUUCGCGACCCAAACUCACGCCUGCCAAAUGGACGUUUCCUUCCACCAUUGUUCAACUUUAAAGCUCACGAAUUGAAGGGAGUUACAGUGGAGAUUUUGGUGAAGUUGAUCCCAGAGCACGCAAGAAAGCAGACUUCCUUUCUUGGGUUGUGAUUAAUGUGGAGUGUAACAGAAUGACUGUUGGGCCCUAAUGAAUGCUAUGCCUGUCGUUGUCUACUAUUUGUUCUCUGUUUAUUUAAUGUGCCUUGAUGUAUCAUCACCUUGUUUUAUAAAAAAAAGCAGAUCUAGAUGUAUUCUACUUAUCUUGUCCAAACCUCUAUAUGGGUAUUAUGAUUACCCUGUUCUUGUAUCUGAAGAGAUGUAACGAUACACAGAAGAUGAACAUGAGCAUUUAUCUAAGCCAAAAUAUCACCUGUAGUCCUCGAUUUUUGUUUGUCAUAA